GCAUAGGCACAUUUCAACAACCUUUACUUAUUUUGUUGUUUUCUUUGCUUUGCUGUUUUUGUUGUUUCAUCAGUAUCGUGGUGGUCAUGCCUGCUUUCAGUUCUGUUGGUAAUGUCGUUGUAACAAAGAUUAUCAAUCGUUACGUAGACAAUCCUGAGCACAACCUCCCCUUAAUUCUCGGAACGAUCAUUCUGCAUGAUGCCCGGACCGGAGAAUCCAAAGCCGUAAUGGAUGCAGAGCACAUUACUGCUAUGAGAACCGCAGCAGCAUCAGCCGUAGCUACAAAGUACCUGGCGAAGGAUGGCUGGCAGACGUUAGCAAUUCUUGGAGCAGGGUCCCAGGCCGUAUCUCACCUUCAUGCCUUGAAGCAUAUGGCGACAAUUAGGGAGGUACGAGUUUGGACAAGAUCCUCUGAGAAGUGCCAGGCUUUUGCCCAGAAGUUUGAUGUAAAAGCGUGUGAAACAGCUCAAGAGGCAGUUACUGGUGCAGAUGUUAUUGUCACAUGCACUUCUUCUAAAACUCCUGUAUUGGAGUCUAGCUGGCUGAAACCGGGUGCUCACAUAAAUUGUGUUGGGGCCUGCCAGCCAUGGGCUCAGGAGUUGGGCGUUGAGGUGAUGAAGAAGGCUGUAAUCUACGCAGAUAACACUCCAGGGGCAUAUCAGAAUUCUGGAGACAUCGUCCAUUCCAAGGUAAUUGGCAUUAUAUUCCACUUACCAAGAGUCUUACAACAGGUGACGGUGUUUGCAGAGAUUGGAGAGGUGAUUAAUGGGACCAAGGAAGCCAAAAGAGAUGAGCUUACGGUCUUCAAAUCUCAAGGAUUGGCUGUUGAAGAUGCUGUAGCAGCAAAAAUCGUCUAUGAUAAAGUGAGCGUUCUAAAGGACAUGACAUCAUAAUAAAUAAAACCAAUUGAUGGUGAUGUUUCAAGGAUAGGCUUGUAAUCUUCCAAAAAUCAAUUUGCUGAAGACAAGUUGUCAUGAUUAUUCGAACAUUUAUAGGGAAAUUGUGCUGCAUAUAUAAAUUAAAUUUAUAAGGAAAUAUUGGUGUUACGAUAUUUUUAUUUACAUUUAGGGGCUUAUAAACUUACAUGUAUUGUAUUGUAUUUAUUAAACUUUAUUGGUGUAUAUCAAUAUUCUGUUUAUAAACAUAUAAAUCAAUUUACAAUGCAACAUGUAUCAUUUAAUUAGUUUUGAGAUGUGUAUUAUGUCGACUUCUGUUUUUCUAACAAGUCCAUGUUUAUUCAAGGCACUUACUUACGUUUUCUGAUGAGUAUAAUUUUUAGUGGAUUAAUGUAGCAUUGUAUUUAAGAUGAGUGAU